ACAUAUGUUUUUUGGCACCAGAGGCUUAAUAACCUGCAAUACUUCCGGUGACCACUGGAGUAUACGAGUUUCUGGGGGAAUGUCAAUCCCUGGUCUCAUGUUUAACGCAGACGUUAUCAAGCUAAGCAACGAAGGCGAAGAUAGCAUAUUUGGUUAAAUGGCAACCUUUUUCGGAGAAGUUGUAUCCGUAUACUCGCGGGCUGUGGAGGAGGACGAGGAGGAUGUGGACAAUGAAAACGAAGAGGAUCAGCAAAUCCGAAGAGAGAUUGAACAGAAGAGGGAGGUCCAUGUCAAUUGGUGCCCAGAGGCCACACAGUCAAUAACAAACCCCUCUGACAGAACUGUACAGUGUUCUAAUUUUGUGAUGGCAGUGGGUCCCAAUGCAGCAGGUUUUCUUUCAGCCUACGUUUUGAACUCUGGGAAUUGGGUAGCAGUGGGCUCCGUGAUGCUCUGGAAUGAGAGGAGCAAGGAUUCAAGCCAGCAGCCCAGCUGUGUGAUCUACAGACAAAGUGACUGCCCAAAGGUUUUAAUCUGCCAGUGUACCUGCUAUAUAGCCGAAGACCAAUUAUUCCAGUGGACAGAAAAGGUGUUUGCCUGCAUUCAGCAGAGAGGUCUCAACGUGACGGUUCUCUCAGACUGUUCCAUGGCCGAGUACAAAAGUCCAGACUCCCCGUUCAGCAGCGGAGCCCCCUUCCUGCGCGCCCUGAAGUCCAGUCAGUAUGGGAGCCAGCCAGCCUGCCCCCUGUUGGAGCAGCCCAAUAUUGUAACUGGUCUCGCAGCUGCAGUGCUUAGCCAUUGUCAGGUUCAGAGGAUCCCUGCCAUUCUGUAUCAGUGCUACAGUGAUGUUCUCCUCCCUGACUCUCUCACUAUGGAGACCUACAAACCUGCACUCACUCCCUUGAGCAAGCUGGUCAAGUUGGACACCUGCCAGAGCACUGAGAUCCUCAGGAAGUUGGUACAAUUCAAUGAAGCUCAAAGUAACCUGUACACUUAGGAAUGGAGAAAUGUUGUUUUUUUAAUUCUCUGUAUCCACAUCUUUCUUCCCUUGCUGUAUUUUUUAAAGUAAUGUGUCAAAUUAAAUGUGUCAAUACUUUGCA